AUGGUUCUAUUCGAGGCAGCGGCUGGAAGCACUUUCGAAGAGUUGGAGCAAAAGUAUGAGACGUUGUCCCUGAUCCAGAAAGGUGGCAAUGGAGCAGUCUAUGGUGGGAUCCGGAAAGCGGAUGGCUUGGUGGUGGCGAUCAAACGCAUACCGAAGAAGCACGUGCGGAUCUGUCGGUUAAUGAACGCGUAUCUGGUCCCACUGGAAGUUGUGCUUAUGCAGCAAGUUGCCGGACAGCACGGAAUCAUUUCUCUGCUAGACUGGUACAGUCUGGAGCAAGAGAUUGUUCUGGUGAUGGAGAGGCCAGUGCCCUGCAUGGACCUCUGUGAUUACAUCUGUGGAAAGGGCCAAAUGGAGGAAGCAGAGGCAAAGAACAUCUUGAAGCAGCUGGUUGACGCAGCAGCCGCAAUGGACGCUGCAAACAUUUUCCACCGAGACAUAAAGCUUGAAAAUGUCCUCGUCGACAGCAGCGGCCAGGUCCCUCGCGUCUGGAUCAUCGACCUCGGAAACGGCUGCUUUGGGACCACUUCGGUGCACACGCAUUUCUUCGGAACCGCCGAGUUGGCUCCGCCAGAGGUGGCUGCAUGCGGCGAGUAUAAGGCCAACCCCACCACAGUUUGGCAGCUCGGGACCCUGCUGUAUGAAAUUCUGCAUUGCGCUGCAUUCCAACCGGAGGAGUUCUUCCCGGAGAGGCAAAUUGACGCGAGGCUCUCUCAUACCUGCCAAGAUGUCCUGAGCGCAUGCCUGACGAGAGACCCGGACGCCCGUGCCACUCUGUCUCAGCUUCAACGGCACCCCUGGUUCCACUGA